CUUUCUCUCUCUCUCUCUCUCUCCUGUACACGAAGUUCUAGGGUUUUCCUUGCUGCACCCAAAUUUAGGUUUUUGAAUGAGCAGAUUUAUCGCCAUUGAAAUAGCUCCACAGUUCCUUAUACAUUCCUUCUACUCUCUAGAAGAAAGUCUUCUUCCGAAAGGAAAAGUCCCUCCGCCAUGGCCAAAACCAGACCAGGCAAAAAGGACCUGGACUCCUACACCAUCAAAGGCACCAACAAGGUCGUCCGAGCUGGUGAUUGUGUGCUGAUGCGCCCAUCGGACACGGGUAAGCCCCCAUACGUGGCGCGCAUAGAGAAGAUCGAGGCGGACAACAGGAACCACGCGAAGGUGAGGGUGAGGUGGUACUACCGGCCUGAGGAGUCGAUGGGAGGGCGGAGGCAGUUCCACGGCGCCAAAGAGCUCUUCUUGUCGGACCAUUACGACGUCCAGAGCGCACACACCAUUGAAGGAAAGUGUGUCGUUCACUCCUUCAAGAACUACACCAAGCUCGAGAAUGUCGCCGCCGAGGACUACUAUUGUCGUUUUGAGUACAAAGCUGCCACUGGGAGCUUCACGCCUGACCGAGUCGCUGUCUACUGCAAGUGUGAGAUGCCUUAUAACCCGGAUGACCUCAUGGUGCAGUGUGAGGGGUGCAAGGACUGGUACCAUCCUGCUUGUGUGGGAAUGACUAUUGAAGAAGCAAAAAACUUGGAGCAGUUUGUGUGUUCUGAAUGCUCGUCUGAUGAUGAUGUUAAAAAGUCCCAGAAUGGAUUCACAGCAUCACCAGGAGCUGAUUCCAAGGUGGAGCCCAAGCGCAGGAAGAGAUGACUGCAAUUGCAGGCAGCAAGUACUUUGACUACGUCUAAACAAGUCGUCUUGAAGCAUCAUUCGUCUUUUGAAUUGUCAUCACGAGUGUUGUACAGCUCACGGAGAUUCUUACAGAUUCUGUGUUUUGACUACAGUUCUAGGUAACUCCUGUUAGAUAGAUUUAGGAGGAGGUUCUGUGUCCUUAACCUAUGCUCUCUGUGAUCAUAUUUAAGUCCCAGCAUUUUGUAGUACAAUGCAUUGUGGAUUCGG